ACCCUGAGAAUGUGCAACAAAGAUGGCUACAUCGUCGUCUCUGCCGACGUUCCAUUCCAGAACUGGCUCAUUAGUUGCAUUGAGUAAUAAUAAUAGGACAGCUCUAAGAAACCACCCAACUCAAGAAUUUAACAAUGGGGUUGUACUAAGCUUAGAUCCUCUACGGGAUAAUCAAGUAUUUGAAGUCAAAAUUGAUAGGAAGGUGAAGAAAAAAUAAGGCUCAUUUUUUUUUUUUAAAAGUUAGAAUUUAUGAUUUAAUUAUUUAAUUUUAAUUGAUUGUAGGCUAGUAUUAGAGUAUGCUUUCGAAGUUAUACAAGGCAUUGGGGGGGGGGGGGGGGGUGGGGGGGGGGGGGGGGGGUUGGGGGGUGAGUGCUGAAAAUUAGUGGAAAUGUAAGAAUCUCUGGAUUAUAAGCUACUGAACUGACAAGACUAGGGCCACCUACAAAUGACAUCCACAUCAUACACCUAUCAGCCUAUCACCUAGACCUAAAAAGUAAAAAGUUUAUGGAUGGCACAUACUCAUUCUUGGUCACUCCUGGACAGUUUUCAAAUUAUUGCCCAUAGCAUGGCCUAUUCGCCAUAGAUAUUCACCCCACUUCAUGUUAAAGCAAUAUGAUAUAGUAAUGAAAUAUCAAUUUGUAUUGCUUUAUUUUCAGGUCAAUUCUUGGAGUGGGUCUAUUGAAAUAGGAGUGACAGUCUGUGAUCCUAGUAAUUUAAAUUUUCCAUUUAGUGCCACUGGAUUCCGGGAUGGAACAUGGGUUAUGUCAGGGAUGUCUAUUCUUUGUGAUGGACAUUCUAUAGUAGAGGAUUACGGCUGUGAUCUUGACCAACUUUCGGAGGGCGAUAGGGUAAGAUAUAAUUCAAAUUUUGAAUUACCUUAGUGAGAUUAUUCAAAAUAGCCAGGGCAGAUCCAGUGAAUCUUCUUUUCAUUUAUUUGCUUGCUAUAUAUCUCAGGCUAACAGAUACCUAUUUUGAAACUGAAAUAUAUUUUUUGCUGUUAAACCUUUAUCUUACUGAUAUUACCUCUCAGCUAUUUGGACCUGUUUUUUACAGACAGUGUCUCACAUUUAGCUUUCAUUUAAGUUUAGUGUAUCUUAAAAUUAAUUUUUAAAACAAAUCUGCAGGUGGGUGUUGCACGCACAGCAGAGGGUGAGCUACAUUUUUAUGUAAAUGGCAUAGAUCAAGGGACAGCAGCAACUGAUAUUCCACCCACAGUAUAUGCAGUGAUAGACUUGUACGGCAAAUGUGCCCAAGUCACCAUUUCUGAGCCAUCCGCCAUGACAGCUAGAGAGAACAGUGAGUGUGAGCUCUAAACAUUUGCUUGAGAAUUUUUUUUUCUUUAGUCUAUUUUGUAAAUGGGCCUCUUGCUCAUAAAUUGUAAACAUACAAGUAUUUUCUGAAGCAGCUGUGCUUCAUUCGAUUGACAGGAAAAACAUUUGUGCAAUUUUGAAAAUUAAAUAGAUUUAGAGUUGUGUUAACUGAAUGCUUGCAUGACACAUUGUACAUAAAAAAUUGUCAUAAAAAUGUUGAGUUCAAAUUACAAUAAUUUUUUCCCCUUCAGCUCUAUUAAGCAAUGAUUUCACCAAUGAAAUAGCUCACGACUUCCUAACAGAAAUAUCAAACCAAAUUGCAAAUGACCUUGCAGCAGAACAAGAGAUCAGUCUUUCCAGUGAGGAUGGUCUUUCUAGAGACUGCCUUCGAUUCCAUGAAAAGUGUGGAAAUCUUGUUAAACUUAGUAAUAACCGCAGAUCAGCUGAGCGACGUCGACCUUUGGAUGAGUUCAACAAUGGUGUAGUUAUGACAAAUCGACCGAUUAAAGAUAACGAAAUUUUCGAAGUAAGUGUUUGUACAAACUCUGUAAGAGGCUGUACUAAAAAAAUAUUUCCACAAAUUUAAUGGUUCACAUCUUAGAUUCUGCUAUAGUUUCUUACCAAGUUUAAAUAUGGCAACAAAAAGCAGUUUGCAUGCACAAGCAUAUAUAUGUAGAGAUUUAAUUCACUGAAAUGUACUUUUUAAAUUGUCAAAACGUUUGAUUCCUUUCCCUGAAAGAUUCAACUUGACAGACUAGUGGACAAGUGGUCAGGCUCAAUAGAAGUUGGUAUCACAACACACAAUCCAAAUACUUUAGACUUUCCUGCAACUAUGACAAACAUGAGGAAUGCAAGCUCUAGUCGUAAGUGCAGCACUGGUUCAAUGUCUCUCUUGUUUGUAUUGAAAUUGGAAAGUAAAGAAAAAGUUUAGAUGCCAUUCAAUUGGGUUUUAAAAAUUGGUAACCUUGCUUGAAAUUAUGAGUUGCAUUGAUUAGAGCUUAAAAGUAUUACUGAAAAUAAUUUAAACAAUUUUCAGUAACUGGUAUUGUGGUGGUUUUGGUGUGAUGUUUAAGGCCAACUUUGUACAAAUUCAAGCCAUUUUCUAUUUUAUAGGAACGAUAAUGAUGAGUGGCUGUGGCAUUUUGACCAAUGGUAAAGGCACACGCAGAGAAUAUGGGCAGUUUAACUUGGAUGAACUCAGUGUAAAUAUGAAUUAGUUAAGAUAUGGUUUAAGAUAAAUUUUUAAGAGUUCUUGAAUUUUACAAUGAAAGAAUAGAGUUCUUGCCUUAGACAGUUGCUUCUGGUUAACUUUUCUAAACUUUAAACAAAUCAAAAUAAAUUCUUAAAAAUUAAACACAUAAAUUACAUUACGUAAUAAUCUACUCUGUGUAAACAGAUCACUUCUCAAUUUAAAGUUAAAACUAUUUGUAAAUAAAUUAAUUAGAUCAAUGAAAGGUGAAGAACUCUUAUGUUUAAAUUAAAAAUUCUAUUUUGUAACAACUUUGAGUUCAAAUAAAAAUGUAACAUCUGCAAGAUGUACUUGUAUAUUUUAAGUUUUAAAUAUUGUUUUAAUAAAACCUUGUAUUUGAUCCCCUGCAGGAAGGAGACCAUAUUGGACUCGUUCGCAAAUCGAAUGGACAUUUACAUUACUUCAUCAAUGGCUUGGACCAGGGCAUGGCAUCUGCUAAUGCCCCAUCUCCUGUUUGGGGUGUUGUUGAUCUCUAUGGUAUGGCUGUGAAAGUUACAAUCAUUGACCACAGUCCGACUGAACCUGAGCCAGUUACUCCAAGCAUGGUUCCACUUCAGCCAGUUGAACGCAGCCUAGUGAACACACUAAGACAGUUUCUGGACUCUUGUGAAGGCAGUGAGAGAGCUGAAUCUCGAGUUGUGACAGGUACAAUUAUUAAAAUUUCAAGACGACUCUUUAACUAUUGACUUACUGGCAAAUAUCUGUGAUAUUUCAUGCCCAGUGGCAUGCACUAUUAAGGCAUACAGUGCAUCAUAUAUGCCCAGAUGCAUACACUGGUAGGCCCUCACUUGAAGCCCCAAGAGGUGUAUUGGUUAGGCACAACACCUUGUCCACUGUGGCUUGCAUAGGUAGGGCACUAGACUUGCACUGUUUGACUCAUUGGUGGGUAGUUGGAAGCCAUAGUUGAUUAGGAUCACAUAAAACUAAAUGACUCUAGUCCCACCAGCUCCCUUGAGGAAGUUAUUAAGUGUGUGAUCUAGUAAUAUCAUUAAAGUCGAUUUACCAGUGUAUGAGCUAGCUCUUUAAAAAAAAAUCUACUCUUUCAAAUCCACUUUGAUACUUAAAAUAUUAGGAAGUCGCAGAUCUCAGGCAAUCUCCUAGUUUCUAUUUUACAUAUAAGAUUCUUGUAUCACAAUAAAUAUUUUAUUCAUACAUUCAAAAUAGUUAAAAAAACAAUUUCUAUGCUAGUUUGACUCUCAUCAAUAUAAAAGAUUUUCUCCGGCAAGUUAGAACUGAUGAUUGUCUCUUGUCAGUUAAAGAAGAUUAUCUCUCGCUAGUUAAAUGAUUGUUUCUGGUCAGUUAAAAGAUCGUCUCUGGCUAUCUAAAUGAUUGUCUUAACUGGUGUUUCAAAAUGCUGGAAAAAAGCCAAGUUAAAAUUAAUUUUAAUUUGUACUUUUUUUUUUCUGUCUUAGAGACAACAGAGGAUGUUGAGAAGCUACUUUUUAGUCCUGUGUGUGGUGUACAUGCUGCUGUUAUCAAUGGCAACAGAACUGCUCACAGACCAAAGUAAAAUAUCAACCUAGUUCCCUGUCUUGUUGGAUCUAGUUAUAUAGUAGAAUAAGAUUCUUUGUGGACAUUUGCAAUAACUGAUGACCAUUUUUAAAAAAAAAUUGUUUAGGUUACCGGUACAAAUUAUUUAAAUAAUAAAAUCUGUGUGCUUUCUCCAAUCAGCGCCACUGAAGAUUUCAACAAUGGUGUGAUUCUGACCAACCGAAUGCUUCGACCCAAUGAGGUCUUUGAAGUAAGGCUAGACCGAUUGGUGGACAAAUGGGCAGGCUCCAUAGAGAUUGGUCUGACAACACACAAACCGUCAGAGCUGGAUUUCCCUUCGACCAUGACAAACAUUCGGUCUGGGACUUGGAUGAUGACGGGGAACGGGGUCAUGCACAAUGGUUCUACCAUUAUUGAAGAUUACGGCCAGAAUCUGGAUAGACUCAAGGUUAAUAGAGACUAAACUUGUCAAAGUUUAUCUGCUUGAUGGUUAAAAUUGUGAUAUAUACUAAUGUAGCAUGGGGUCAUGCUGUGGAUGAUUGAUGUGAGAAAAAAACUCACUUACCAUUGUCAAAAAUAAAGCACACAUUAAAACAUAAAGCAAAGUUAUUAACAAAAAUUAAGUUCUCUAUUAAAAAUUAUUAAGAAUAGUUAGCUGACUAAUAAACAAACCAAUAGUUCUAGGAAUUAGAUAUCUUGACAAACUACCGCCCUCUAACUGACAAGAAAGUUUCUUCUUGUAAUCAAACUAAAGAUUGGUGACCGUGUGGGCGUGGUCCGUAUGACAGAUGGGACAGUUCAUUUCUUUGUGAAUGGAGUUGAUCAGGGAGCUUGUGCGAGCAAUGUUCCCCCCAAUGUGUAUGGAGUUAUUGAUCUCUACGGCAUGGCGGCACAGGCAACUAUUGUGGACAUGUCAGGUAAGUCUGGGUCACACCUGCCAGGUGAAUUAGCUGCAGUGUGAGUAUUGAUGGUUUUUUGGUGUUAGUGAAAUUUUUUUAGGCUACUUGACAUGUUAAAAGAGUAACCCUUUCAUUUAAUUUGUUUAGGCUAGGUGACAUGUUGAAAGAGUAACCCCUACAUUUAAUUUGUUUAGGCUAGGUGACAUGUUGAAAGAGUAACCCCUACAUUUAAUUUGUUUAGGCCAGUUGACAUGUUGAAAGAGUAACCCCCUUCCUUUAAUUUGUUUAGGCUAGGUGACAUGUUGAAAGAGUAACCCCUUCAUUUAAUUUUUUUAGGCUAGUUGACAUGUUGAAACCCGUUGAGCCAACUGUUAUGAGGUGUUAUCAUGAACUUAAGCCAUGUUGUGAUAAUUAUCAUUUCCAUAUUGUGUUCCCAGAUGCCCUAACAUCACCAGACACAGACUCCAGUGUGUUCACAGAUCCAGACCAGCUAAAGUUCCAUCACCUUCAUGGCAGGAAUGCAACAGUGCUUCACAAUGGGCUGACUGCCGCAAGGCCCAACGCCACCGGGGAGUUCAAUGAUGCCAUAGUGAUGAGCAGCCGGCCGCUGAGGGACGGGGAGCUUUUUGAGGUGGUCAUAGAGAAGAUGGUUGACCGGUGGUCAGGCUCCUUGGAAGCAGGUGGAGCAGAGUUUUGUUGCCAUUUUGUUGUAGUGUUCGUUGUGAGAGAUAAAUUUAAAAAAGGAAUUACUAGUGAUGGCUAGCUUGGAAAUUUAAAAAACCAAAAACAGCAGAGUAUUUAUAGGGUUUACACUGGUUUAUAUUUUUCUAGAUCUUCUAAUUCAAUCAGUUUCAGUCUUGUCUAACAUGUACUUGACAACAUUGAAAUAUUUCUUAGUCAAGGAUGGAAUACUGCUGAGAAUACUAUUUGAUACAAUAACAUUUAAAUAUUUCAUAGUCAUGGAUAGACUAUCACUGAGAAAACUAUUUUACACACCCUUUUCUCAAAAUAUCUCAUGUUAUUUUAUUUCAGUGGUAUCAAAAUGUACUUCAGAAAAUUGUAAAAAAAAUUAUAAAACCCCUAAAAACAAAGUUUUAAGUAUGAAUCCUUUAUAAAAAUGUAUUAUCUAGUAAUGGGGGUGGGGGCUGAAAAUUUUACAAAACAUGUAUUCAAGUAACGCACUUUAUAAGAAUCCAAAUUCUAAUGUCCCACCCGCUUUUACACUGCAGAUUUAUAACACCAUUUCCGUAAAAUGAAAGAAAAUAUUACACACCAGAAGCGCAGUUAUUGGGAAUUUUAUUUAAUGAAAUCAGUGUCAUCUUGUAGCAAUAAAACUGAUUUUUGGGGGUGGAGGCUGAAAAUUUGACAGCAUGUAUUGUCAUUGGCGAUGAGUCUAUGUGCCAAUUUCAGCUCGAUAGGAUGAUGGGAAGUGGGUAAAUUAGCCGUCCAAAGAUUUUCCAUUUAACACAGAAACACAGGAACGAAAGCCAAUUUUAAAUAUAAAGGAUUUAAAUAAUCCCUUCUGUUGUAGGAUGCGUUCUUUGAGCUUAAUUUAAAAAAGAAAUAAUUAGUUUUAAAGUUUGUAUUUGUUAAAUUCAUUCUGAAAUUUGUGUUAUUCUGGUUAGUUUUAUAGAACAAGAAAAGCUGCAUUGUUUUGAUCACUUCUUGAAACUAAGAAACAUUUCUACCUUUCAGGUGUGACAUUAGUCAAACCAGAGGACAUUGAGUUUCCAAGCACAAUGACAGACAUACAGCAUGAUACCUGGAUGCUCAGGUGAAUAAAUACCAACUAAAUACUUUGACCACUUUGUGAUUUAAAUGACUAUCUUGUUUUAUAAUCAUCUCAGUUAUAUUUAUUAUGGUUAAUGAGGGACCUAGAAAUUUUUUAAGAUCCCACCCUUUCCUUUGUACUGUUCACCUUUCACCUUUCAAAUAUAUGAUAUAUGCAGAUGAAGCUUUCUGAUCCAUAUAACUAAAAACAGUUUUUUAUGAUAUGAAAGGAUCAGUUUGAAUUCUAUAGGGAAAAUUUAAAAAAUGUUGCUUGUUGUGUGUUUUAAGUUUUGAUGUAAUAUUUUGUCCUGUUGCAGUGGGUCGGCUAUCAUGCAGGACGGAGCAACAAUACGCAAUGGAUACCCCUUGGAUUUGGACUCUUUGGUGGUGGGAUCAAAAGUUGGCAUGAUGAGAUGCUCCGAUGGGACACUCCACUAUUACUUGGAUGGGGUGGAUCAAGGGGUGGCUAGUGCUGACAUUGCAUCUGGUAAGACAGCUUUCAGUGCAACAUUGUAAAGUAAAUAACAGCAAAUAAAUUCACCAACAGUUAAUGUUUUUCACAUAUAAUUUAAUUUAAGAGGGUAGGUUAAAUGUGUAAUGUUAAAAACUAUAUGUGUGGCUUUUUGGCUUCUACGGUAUCUGUACUUUGAAUUAUUUGUAUCUGAAAAGAAAACAACUGGAUCUUGCAAUAAAUCUAUGUUUGUUAAUGCUUUGUCUCAAUCUUUGUUCAUUUUGUGUAGGUGUGUAUGCUGUGAUAGAUCUGUAUGGUCAAUGCGCUCAGGUGAGCAUGUCCACUGGAACAGUGGUCCUACCAGCAGUUGAAAUGUUGCAGCAACUGUCGAGUGUCCAAACAGAACAGAUAUCAACGCCCUCUGUGGCCAAUGCUGGUAAGUGUAUAUUAAUUUGGCCAAGAUUCACAACUCCACACUGACAUUAACUCAUUCCCGACGUUUGCGACUAAAUGCGUCUUUUACGGGUUUCGCCGGAUGCGUCCAAAUACGUCCCGGCGCAUAGCGACACACCUCUCUCAUAUCUAUUUAAAAAUAGCAAUGAAAUCUCGCAUCCCUCGAGACUUCCGGCGAUGGCGUGGUUCAGCGUGAUUUUAAUUUAAAAACCGGAAGUUUUUAUCUUGUUUCACUUUAAAACUACGUGUGCUUUAGUAUGGCUCGUCUAUAUGUAGCAUGUGUUCGUCCGAGGUGCCGAAAAUCGAUUUUUUGAUCAUUGUUCGUUAUUUUUUCCCCGCUAAUGUUAUAUUUAUACUAAACCUUAUUCAUUUUUUGUUGCAUUUGUUCUUAAUUCAUUAAAAUUAAAUAAUAUUUAGUAGCUUAAAUAAAUAUUUAAAAAAUGUAAACAAUUUCAAACGGGGUUACUUCCCUUUCUCAGGAAAAUAAAUUAAAUACGGAAGUAGCAUUGCAGGAGGGAAUGAGUUAACUCUCUGCAGUCUGAUGUUUUUUUCACAUUUCUUAAAUAUCUUAAUGUGAUUUUUUAAAAUAAUUAAUUAACUGAUCUGAAAUAGCUCUGAUCUGAUCAGUUAAAUAUAUUAACUUGUUCAUCUUUGACUCAGCUAUCAUUAGAUAUUUUUUGUAUAUUUUAUUUUCUUAGUUAUAAAAAUAAUUGAAACAUUAUUGGAGAAUUAUUUUUUUUCAUUUUAUGCAAAAAUUUGACCAAAUCUUUACACAGUAUGAAGGAAAAAAAAAAUCCUUGUUAUAAAAGAUUUAAAAUUUAUUUAAAUAAAAUACUUCAUCAACUUAUACAAUUCAUAGUCAAACAUGACAAAAAUUCUAUGAACAAUCAAAAAGUUGUCAACAUUUUAGCAAAACCUAUAUUUUGUCUUUUUUUCCUAAAAAAUGCACUAUAAUUUUUCUUUUAAUGAAAAUUAUGUUUUGUAUGUAAUAUAUUUAAAAAAAUGGGUCUCAUAGCUUAUAGAUUUGUAUAUUAAAUAUAUUUCUUAAUAAUUCUUGAGUAAAAGAUGACUAAGUAAAAUUUGAUGAAUAUAUAAAUAACUCAAAACAAGAGUCAAUUUUUUUUUUUUUAAUUUUAAAAUAGCGGUAUUCGCUGAUGUUAAAGUUAAAAAAAAUUAAAAUGUAUCAGUACAAUAAUGCUAAUUUUGAUAUUAAUGUCAAAUACAAUCCAUUCCUCACUAAUGUGAUCUAUUUUUUCCCAUGUACCGGCAUUUUUAUAUAUCUUUGUUAUAAUCCUCACAUAACACAGGCUGAUAAACUACAUUAUUCCUUAAUUAUAUUUAUGGACUCUGAACAAAUAUUAUUUCUUAAAACAGUCUGCAGUUUUAUUAUAAUAAUUAUAUUUGAUAAAUAAGAGCUUGUCCUGGACUUGAUUUCUACAUAAGAUUAGGUAAGAUUUUUCACCACAGAAUAUUCACUCAAUAAAGAACCUGUGGAAAAAAAAAAUUUGAUUGAUUCAUAAAUAAAUUAACACUAAUGGUAUCAGUAAUGGUAUGCUAUCAGUAAGGGAAAAUACCAUUAAUCCUAGUCCAAGUGCCUAAAUUAGUAUAAAAGUAAACCAUUGUACAUAGAAAAUACAUUAUAACAUAUGUUAUAACAAUAUUGUGAGUUUAUUCUUUAUGCAUUUUGCUACCAAGUGAUUAGAUUAAAACUUACCACCACUUGUUUUUAGGGUAAAAUCUUCAAAGAUAUCCAUCCAGUAACUCUGUAACUCAGUAAAAGGGUGGAGUCCAGGCUUAAUAUUUAGGAUCAAUAAGGAAUAAGGGCUUCUUGAUCCAAUAUUUGCAUUUUUGUCUCUCUCUCCUCCUUCCCAAUAGAGUUAGAGAGCUUUUAAUAAAAACAUAAAUGUUUUUUUUUUUAUUCUGCCGACAGUAGUCUCUACUAAUACUAGUGACUAGCGAUAAUGAUAAUUAAAUUUAAACACAUUUCUACUAUGCAAUAUUAGAAAAUUUAGAAGAUUAUUCUUGGCUGUAACAUAUUUUAAAGAAAUAUAUUUAGUUAAUAACUCAGAAGUCCUUAACUUUAAAUUUAUUUAAUUACGCAAGUUCCCAUCGGCCGAAAUUUUCCGCUAUUUUUUAAAAAUAUUUAUUUCGCAUAGCGACGCUAUUUAUUUAUUAUAUAAUUAUUGAAACUCAAUAAAAUUCAAAUAGAAUAUAUCAAUGUAAGUAUAAAUGGAUAAUAUAUACUUCAGCCAAUUAAAAUUAUAAAAAUAUCACUUUAUUGUUUUAUUAUUAAUUUUAAAUUCGGGAAAUGAUAAUUAAAAUUAAGCUUACUUGUUUACGAUAGCAUUAGUCGGUACUUUUAUAUGCAAAUCGUGAUAAAUUUUAUGAUUAGAGUCUCCAUUUGGAUACAUUGCUUUAGACAAACAAAUAACUCCUUGAUAAAUCGGGAAAUUAAAAUCAUUUGACAAUAUUCAUACUACUAUUUAAUUUUUUUUGUGACACUUAUAUUUUUUGUUUUUUUGGAAAUCUGCGAAGCUUUCAAGGGAUACUCCGCGCUGAAUAAGUUUCCAAAAAUAUUUUUUUUAAAUAGUAAUUUCAAAUUUUGUAAUAAUUUUAAUUUUUUUACAAAUACUUAAACCAAUGAAACAAAUUAUUAAAAUAUAAUAAAUAAUUUUUUUCAAUAAAAAAAAAAAUUAAAAAAUAAAUAACCCACCCACAAAAUCUAUGGUACAUAUAAGUACCAUUUCUCUAUAGUCGGACUGCAGAGAGUUAAUGCAAAGAAAAGUGUAGUUCUGUGAAAAGGGCCUUGGGUUGGCCCAGGUUUCCUGGGAUUUCAUAUUGGGGUUUCUUUUCUUAGCCUUCAACUUUCCCAAACCACUGGCAAGCCAGUUGGAGGUCAUGGAGGGAAGUAGGACUUGAGAGGACUUUUUAUUGUGUAGGGUGGGUCAAAACCUCAUACUGCCGGGCAAUUGAUCUAUCAUUUCUACUUAUUACAGAUAUAACUCAUCGUCUCAGCAAGUGUUGUGGCAAGAAUGUGACGCUAAGAAGCAGUUGCUGGGGUGCAAGUCGUAUCCAGAGCUACAACCACGGAAUAGUUUUCAGCUCUGAGCCCCUCAAGUAUGAUGAAAUCUUUGAGGUAGGUUCUGUCCCAGGAUGAACAAUGUGAAACUAAAAGGUGAUAUGAUGAAAUCUUUGAGGUAGGUUUUGUCCCAGGAUCAACAAUGUUACACUAAAAGGUGAUAAAAUUAAUAUUGAUGUAAAAUCAGUUGUAUCUAUUGGUCCCUUAGCAUAAAAUCAAAUAGAAAAUUUGUCCAAUUGUAGAGUAGCUGUUCCCAAACAAAGAACUGCUAACUAAAUUUUGGAAUGGAUGAUUCUAUUUCUUUAAGAUUUUCUUUAGUUUGUAUUUUUAAAUCUCCAAGACAUUGGUUAAAGUUAUCUUGAACUGGGUCACCCAAGUAAAAAUGUUUUCUUUUGUGUUGUGGAACAAAAAGCUCAUUUUAUAUUCCUUGUUGAAAUAUUUUUAUUUAUUUCAAUUAUGGAAGCAUGUGGUUGAUUGAGAAAAAACAGAUAGGGUUGUAACUGUAAUUUAAAAAAAGGCAAGGAACCACUUUUCUUAACAAUUUAGUUGAAGGAAAAGUAAUGUAAAAUAAUGGCAUAAUUAAAGCAUAUUAAGACCAUUUCUUCCUCCACCCACAGGUGGAAGUGAGUGAGGUGUCUAGUCAGUGGUCCGGCUCCCUCAAGAUUGGCUUGACCACCAUGGCCAUCUCGGACUCCAGCUCACCAGUCAACAUACCAUCCACAGCAGAUGAAAUAACCUCAAAGGUUACCUGGGUUGUUAUGGGUUCAGAGGUCAAGAAAUGUGGAGUUGUCAUUAAAGACAAUUAUGCCCCUUCGUUACAGAGGCUACAGGUACUUUUUUAAAAUUAAAGAUUCAUAAAGAAAGCUUUGUAAUUAAAUAAGGUUAAUUGUUCAAGUAAUAAUCUUAUCAGUUUUUAAAAAUCUAGUAAAUGACUUAUUUCAACACUGCGUUUGAACCAGUGCCAUAGAAAUAUAGGUUAUUGCACACAAAGAAGAAAAAAACUGGUAGUUGGAUAAGUUUUAAUAUUGAAUAGGUGGGUCCAUUAAUUUUGAGGAGAAAAAAUGAAUAAAUCAAAUCUCUGAAUAAAAAUAAAAUACAAAUAAGUGAGAAGGAUGGUAGCUCUGAAUGUUCUAAUCAAAAGUGGCCCCAUGAUGGCCCAUGUAUUCAACUUUUGACCAUGUAUUCAUCUUUUGAACAUGUAUUCAACCUAUGACCAUAUAUUCAAAUUUUGACCAUAUAUUCAAGACACUUUUAAACAUUAUAUUUAACAAUCAGUUAAAUUUCAUUACUUUAAUAGAAAUUAAAUAAUUAUACAAACUAAUCAAUAUUUCAAUGGUAUAUUUGCUUUGGAGGAAAUUACCUUGAACUGUGUUCAGAAUGAAAAAUUGGGAAUAUAUCAGGUGGUACAAGAAAUGCUCACUUUUGAUUAAUAAAGUGUAGGUUUAUCAUUCAAGAAGGAAGUGAUGUGUGGAUUUAAAGUGUUGAAUUACAAAAAUAAUAUUUUUACACUCCGCUAUGUUAAAUAAAGUUUUAAAUAUUUGAUGUCCUAUCAGGUUUAAAAUAAGAUUGAAAAAACAUUAGAUUUUGUAUGGCCUUAAGAAAAAAACAGUUUAACUAAAUUUUUAAAAAGUUUUUAAAAAACUAUUAUUCAUUCAACUGAUAUUAAAUGAGUUAUUUUUUGUUUCAGGUUGGAGACAGGGUUGCAGUUUGUCGUUAUUCUGAUGGGACAAUGCAUGUGCUGCUCAAUGGGGAUGACCUGGGAGAGGCUGCCAGUGGGAUUCCAAAGGUGAGGCUAUUAAAUAGUGGUGGUGUGUAUUUUUUAAAGUAUGUAUGGGCUUUGAAAAAGUACAGUGGUGGAACUACCAAUGAUCCAAAUUUACGCCAAUAAAAGAAAGCUUUUUUUGUUGGGGGGGGGGGGGGUACGCAUGUUUUCUAAGUAAAACUUUCUAAAUUAUUAUGCCCAACUAACUCAUCAGACGUUAAUAUCUAUAACAGAUGCAUAUCAUUAUGUUGAUUUAAUUAGCUCUUCCACUCUGUUCCCCAGAAUGUGUUUGCUGUGAUAGAUCUCCAUGGUGCUGUUGAGGGUGUUGUUAUAACAAGCAGUGCAAGCAUAGAGACAUCCAGUAUUGUGCUUUCACCUGCCUAUGAGAUUGAGCAGUCACUUCAGGUAAGUAAUUACCUCCAUUGCCAUGCCCUUGCAUGCCUUUAGGUGGGUCAGCUUACCAGGACCCAAGCAUCUGUGACUGAACAGUACAUUUGUAAUAACUUUGUCAAAAUGAAAUGUAUUCAACUGAACAUUACAGUAUUUACAUCUACCAGAGGUCCCAAAUCUUUUAUUUUCAAAUGGCCAUGUAGAAAAUACUAAUGAGUAGGAAGGGCUUGAUUUUAAAAAAAAUGUUAAAAUAUUUAUUAUACAAGCAUAGAAACAAUGGCAAAUGUAGAACAAAGGGUAACAAUGUUAACCAUAUUCUAAAAGUGAUUUGUGUUACAGCCAAAACUUAUGAAAUAUACAUGUCCAGGAUUCUGAAAAAUAUUGUAACACAUGCCUAUAUGUUUUUCUCUCAAUGCAUCACCCUCACCCCUUCCUCACAAAAUCUGUUUCGGCACAGACAAUAAAUGAGAAUAAGUUUCUGGAAAUGGGGAUAGAAGGUGAUGUAACUACCCAUCAAAGUUACAAUUGUUGGCCUUGAUUGAGACCACUAUACCAAAUGCUGUUCUGGGCCAGCUCCCAAAAGUGGGCCCCCAACACACACACUUUAUUUAUAUAAUGUUAUAUAUAAACCCCAAAAGUGACCCUGGUGUGCCCCCCAGCCCCUUUCUGUACCCUCUGACAAGAUGCAAAACUUUCUGUCUUGUGCUCAUCUACCCUUUGAAGUCAUAUGCUUACUUGUGGGAUAUUAUAGUCUCUCACUUCUUCACACAGACUAGUGUAACUGAUAUCAAUACACCAAGCACUGAAUAUCUUGAUAUAACUUAUAACGCUAUAAGUUUAUUAUGCAUCAUCAAAACCUGACGUAGUAAUCUAUACCGCACUAACAAUUCAAUAUCAAAUCAACGUUCUCCCUUAACGAUACAUUUAGCCGAAAUCCUCAACACACAAAACGAGCUGCACCAUGAAUAUGACACAACGGCCAUCAAUCCACUAUAACAAAACAAAACUAAAAUGUCAUUUCACUUUACCCAAAUAUGUCACAACAAUCUGACACAAUAGAUACAGCUACACAUUAAAUGUCAUUUCACUUUACCCAAAUAUGUCACAACAAUCUGACACAAUAGAUACAGCUACACAUAAAAUGUCAUUUCACUUUACCCAAAUAUGUCACAACAAUCUGACACAAUAGAUACAGCUACACAUAAAAUGUCAUUUCACUUUACCCAAAUAUGUCACAACAAUCUGACACAAUAGAUACAGCUACACAUAAAAUGUCAUUUCACUUUACCCAAAUAUGUCACAACAANUACAUAACAACAGGGAUUCUCCUGCCCAAUCCCCCCCCCCCCCCCCCCUUCUAGACACUCGUGACUAUACCAGGUUACUGGUACAUUAAGGCAAAAAUUAACAAUAAAUGGUUGAUUGGUUGGUUCGAAUACCCUAUGUGGAACUUUUUGUAUCCAUUCCCUAUUUAUUUGAUAUGGUAUGGACUGCAUGUAACAAGGUGUUCAGAGGCUAUUUAUGUUCUAUAUCAGGACAGGGACCAGGACAGUGACACAUCGGCCCACCUCUCCACAUGUUUCCAUAGCAACCACGGCAAAAACAUCUUUUUACGUGACUGCUGCAAGCAGGCCGAGAGACUGGCCAGCUACAAUCAGGCUCUAGUUGUGGGAAACAAACCAUUGAAGAAAAGAAAACUCUUUCAGGUCAGAGACACUUUCAUUUUAUUCUUGUGAACUACAUUGUUUUGGUGUGCUGGUUAAUUUUUGGCUCAUUGCUUCAAAUCAUCUUCUUCCUGUGAAUAGUUGUAUUCCUGGCGUAAUGCAACCUUCACAGAGGUUGUUACGGUAGAACCAGAGUACUAGAGAAAUGGUGACAUUCUGUUCAAUAUUAGUGUCUUGUCACUAAGACUGGUGCAUUUCCACAUUGAAAUAAAGUAAAGAUAAAGUAAAGCUUUGAUUGCAAAACUUGACUUUGCUCAACAUUUGACCAGGUUCGUGUUGGGAAGCUGAACCCCAAAUGGACAUCCUCCUUGAUGAUAGGACUCGUUGGCUUCCCAGUAGAUAAGUACACCUUCCCCAAGUCAGCCACAGCCAUCAGGAAGCCUUGCGUUGUCAUCCAGGGGGAGUCGGUCUUUGUCUCUGGUUAUAAGGUAACUAAAUGCAUUCAUGUGUUGUCAUUCAGGGGGACUCGAUCAAGUGACUACUGGAAACCCAAGAUUUCAGUUGUCUUAAUCUAGCUAGAAAAAAAAAAAAGGAAACUCGAUUUUAAAGCCAUUCAAAUAACGUAUGUUGUCACAUUUUGUGUUGUUUUUUCUCCACUUAUGUUGCUAUUUUCCUUCAACCCCUCAACACUGGGACCAGUAAAGCAGCCCUUCUUUUACAACAGUAAAAGCACUUUCCCACCAGAGUCAGCAUAAACUUUAAGCAAUGGCAGCAGUCACUAUUUUGACAAUUGUAAUAAUUGUCCCCAAAGAUAUUCCUACUUACAGGAGAGUGCACUCCUGAGACCAUUACAGUUAUUAAAGAACAGCUUGUAUAGGGGGAUGUUAGAAAAUGGAGGUUGCAUCUGUCUCUUGUCAUCAAUUCAAACCUGACAGGUCAAAGAUCAUUAUGGGCCCAACCUGGACACCCUGGGAGAAAACAGUCGUGUGGGUGUGAUGGUGGAUGAAGAGUCUUGUCUCCAUCUGCUCGUCAACGGCAUUGACUACGGAGUUGCGGCCAGAGACGUACCACAUCCAUGCUGGCCUCUGGUGGAUGUGUAUGGACAGUGUGAACAGGUGCGGUUGACACUGGUGACAUGUUUAACUGAGAAAUUAGGAGAUUGAAUUAUGUUUCAUUUCUGAGAUAAAUUCUUAAUGAUGCAAUGCAACAUUUGUAACUCAUUUAGGUGAAUUUGUCUUUCAUGACUAAUUAAUUAGUCUGUCAGUUGUUGUAACAAUAUUUACUGUCAACCUCCAGGUGAUAAUACUUCCAGAGGACUAUGAGAGCAUGGCAGCUACAGGUAUCAAAGAGGAAUGUGAAAAGGCAGACAUAGAAAACAGUGAGUAUUGCUCCUUGUCUGGUUUACUGCCUGUCGUGAAUGUUUUAGUUGUGACUUUUCCUUUCCAUAUCACCGAGCUUCAAAGCCCAAUGGAAUGAUAACCACAAGUCAUUUCCAAGGUGAUUGCAAGUAGGGUGGUGGCGGAUUUACUCUACUACUGGUCAUUGUCAGGGCUUGCUUUGAGUGACAUAUAUUAAUGAGUUCAGUGGCAGAUAAUGGGGCAUGGUGUUAAAAAUGAACUAACCCUUAUUUUUGUGAGUUCCGUUUCAAUCUUAUCAGCAGGUGUAGGGAGUGAAUUUUGUAGGCAAAAAAAUUAAUUUUAAUCACUCUGUGAUACAUUUCAGAAGGAAAAGAUAAGGCCAGCAGCGGGGUGGACAGUGGCUGUGGCUUGAGGAGUUGUGAGUACUUCAAUAUCUGUAACAGACUGAAAACCUCUUUGGGCUUGCCAGGUGAGUUGGUGGAUUCAGUAUGUUAGCUACUUAAAGCUUUGCAAUAAACCUGACUAAAAUAGCAACAGUUAUAUGUGUAACAAUUACUUUAUAAGUUAAUGCAAAUCACAGUGAUGUAUUGCAAAGAUUAAAAUGGAGUUUUAGCUGUCCUUACAUUUGGUAAAUAAUUAAAUUCAUUCUCAUGUUCACACUUCAUAAUCACAUUAAAACUGAACACGAGUCCUAUAUUGAAAACAUAAUUCAAGUUAUCAAUCAUAUGCUCACACAAUAAUUCAAACAAACAAACACAUACAUAUAUAUAAGUGUGUCGCUGGCUAAGCUAGAAAAAUAAACAUGUAUCGCAGCUCGCUAAGGGAACGCAAUCCAACCGUCACACUCAAAAACCAGGCAGCGACUGGCAAGUCUGGACACCAUGUCACAGACAGAUAAAAUCACGUCCCAAAUACAUCACAGGCCUUAUGGUGACAAGAAACCUACAUCAGCGAAACUAACACCCGAGACACACCACCUACAUUAAAACACAACAUACGGUGGCCAGCAGCUACAAGUCAAUAUCUGUGCCAGAUUUUGGUCGGUCGGUUGGUGUUGUUUUUGGAUCCAAAUUUUUACAAACAGGAAACAAGCUGAAGACCACAACUUUGAGAAGCACUCAUUUAGAAUACACAUUUCCAGCAAUGUCAUUAUCAUUGCUCACAGAUGACUCACAUUAAAAUGUGCACUUUAGCCUUUUUAAAUGAGCAAACUGCUUGGUUUCAGAUGGCUACUUUGAGGGUCAGAGCAUCUGUUUUUGUUCCGCCUGCCAUAAAGCUCGUGGAGAAGAGAGCCACAUCAGACGCGGGGACCCUCCCAAAGAUGUCGUACUUCCAUUUGGAUGGUGUCGUUAUGUUUUAAGGUCAGCCACAGGGUUUGGUUGGGGUCAUAGUUAGCCCAUCGAGCCAUUUAUUGGAGCAUGAAAUAAAAAUGCCAAGUCAUACAAAAUCACUAACUUAAAACUUACUCAUGGCCUAUUUAAAAAAAUUAAAAAACCGGAGCGCAGUGAGCAUGCUAAAGUAGCAUGGAUACCAGUGCUAUAUAAAUAUCCAAUCAAUCAAUAUGAUGUGCAACAUUUAAUAUUAAAAUUUACAAUUGCAUUCGUCAAAGUGCCCAGUGUUGGGUUAAAGGCCUGUGCUCAAUGUUGUGUAAAAGGCCUGUGCCCAGUGUAGUGUAAUAAGGUUGUGUCUUUGAAUAACACACUGAGGGAUUUAAUAAUCAUUAAAUAUAUACCUUUUUUUUAUAACUCCUUUUUAAACCCACAAAAACUUUUUGAAGAAUGACAACUUGAAGAAGAGUUUAUAAGUAUCUUGGAAUUUGUUUACCCCAAUUAAUUUUUCAUGAAUUAUUUUGUUUGUCAGAAGUGAACAACAAAAUUGCUUAACAAUUUACAGUCCAGUAGGUAAAGUUAAAUACAAGUGAAAAGAAUUUAUGUCUUGUUGAAAAGAUUGUCUUCUUUUGAAACGAGGUUGUCUUGUUUUUCUAGAGCACCAAACAGAACUCACAGCUUGAAUGUGGCAGAGAAAUGGCACCUAACAUAUCAUGGGGUGCGCACAUCAGAUAUUCGCAGAAUUCUUGACACAUUCGAUCUUCUUCCUUCAGGUACCAGUGCUAGUACCAGCUUUUAUGAUUAAAUAUCAUUGUUUAGAACUGUUCAGAUGGAAACAGAUGUCCAUUGAAAUGUAAUGAAUAUAAUAACCAGGUGUUGAGGGAACACAUGAUGCUUGUGGUGGCUACUGUACAUCCUCAUAUGUUGAUUGUGGAUCAGGGGGUAUCCAGGACAAUGGGAUUAGGGUAACUUUACCUAAACUUUCACCUUUUUCUGUUGAACUAAAAGGAUGUGUUCUCAGUAUUCACAAGAAUGCAAGUUACUGUGUAUCAAAUGUUAUUUUUCUCCCUGCCAGUCUGUUGCCAUAAAAUAGAUUAAUAAGACACGAACAAAUUAUGUAAAUAUAACAAUAUAAGUUACGCUUUAAUAAUAAUUAUACAUUAUACACAAGAAAACGUUUCGGCAUAUGCCUUCAUCAGUACAAACAAAAAACACAUUUAAAUAAGUAUAAAUUAAAUUUACAUAAUAUAAAUAUACAUAUCCUACCUAAAAAAGAAAAAAAAUAGGAGAGUGCGCUUAAACCAGACAAAAACAUGUAUAUUGACACAAUUUGUUCGUGUCUUAUUAAUCUAUUUUAAAGCUUUAUUGCAGUCCAACACUUUUUAUAAUUAGUUAAUGUUGCCAUAAUAGAAUUAUAAUUUUCACUGAUUUCAGAUGAGGGUGGUUUUGCAAGUAGCAUUCUCUUACCCCGUCCACUUCCUUACACUGAGAAAUCUCGUCCAGAAAAUCUUGGUGGCAAACAAAUUUAUCUGUCCCCAACUAUUCGUCAUGCAGGUGGCAGUCAGUUUUCACCUAAACACAGGUAAGUCUCUUAACUCUCAAAAGACUGUAGAUUUUUCCAUUUUUUAAUGACCUUGAAUAUAUCUUAUUCUUCAAAGUGUCUCAUGACUGUAAUUUUGUAGCUACCUCCAAGUAUUAUAUAUGAUUUUAAAGGUAAUUGGAUGCUCUUUAAUUGAUACUUGGUGUUUGUACACAAUAUCCUUGCUAAAUUUGAUGUUUUAUUAUUUUUGGGCAAAAAAAUUAUUUUUUUAAGUCGACAAAAAUAUAACAUCACAGUUUUACAAAGAAGGGAAAAAAAAAGUGUUUCCAAUUAAAUCAAUAAAAUUGAUAUUUUAUUAGAAUCUGUUCAAUACUAUAAAACAUAUUCAAAUUUCAAAAGAAUAGACUCAUAAAUAAAAAAGUUAUGACUAUUUGUAGGCAACAGGUCAUUCAAGGAAAUAUUGCUCAAAAAGUCAAAAUUAUUUUCAAAAAAUAAAAAUAAUUUUUUUUUUCAAAGGAAAACAUAUACUGCAUCAUAUUAUCCUUUAGAGGGUUAUUAGUAAGUAUUAUUUGAGAAGAAAAGUGAAGAAAAAAAGGCAAAUUUUAAUAAAUAAAUUUUUUUAUGCAUCCCCGAGAUACCGAUCAAAGGAUAUAAUCCUUCGCCAAGACCAUGCAUAAAAAUUCUUGAAAACAAUUUCUUUAUUUAUUAAAACAUACAAAUGUAUCAAAAAGAAAGCCUGAGACAUAUGCUCUGACCAUUUUACCCUGUUUUGGUAACCCACAAUUACAUUUUUUGUUAUUGUCAAUCAUUGUCAUGUUGCGGCGCACGAUGUAAAGAUUUCGGGCUUUACAGUAUCAGGUUCAUCAUCAAAUAUGUCAAUUGUUCCCUAAAUUGUUCAUUAAUUGCUACAUUUUCUUGAUGCUGAUACAGUUGAUUGUAUUUUGCAUUGAGAUACAGAAGUGUCUCCCAAUUUUGCACAGCAUGUUUCCUUUAUUUUCAGUAUCAGAAACUUUUAGGAAACUCAAUAUAGCCUUGAAUAUGUCCUUAGUACUAAUGGCCUUGCUCAUUGUCCAUCAUAAAAGGAUUUCCUGGACAUUUCUUGUAAAAUUAAGAGCUUGAUAAGUCCAGCAUUCAUAAUAAUAAAUCCACUUAGUAGCUAAAACUCCCCUUCAAUGAUGUUAUAAUGGUACCAAUUUUUGAAAACACAAAAGUUCUGCGGUCCAUUGUCCUGCGCACAAGGCUUACUAAUAACCAACCAAAUCUGUAGUAAAGUAGAGGUUGAAAAUGUCAAUUUGCUUUUAAAAUCUCCUUAUAUCCUCUCUUGUUAUAACAUCAGGAAGCAAUAGUCCUUUUCACCUCUGGUCUAAAUGCAGCAAAGAGUCCCACAGUCUUUUGUCAUCAUAGCCCAUUGUAUUGACUAUGUUUGACAUCUGCCCUUCAUAGCAUAGAUGCUGUCAAAAUAUAAAAAAAAAAUUAGUUUAGCUAAAAUAAAAAAAUUACAAUAUAAAUAAAAAGAAUUCAAAAUAUUAAACAAUCUGCCUAAAUUACUUUUACUUCAAGUUUUCAUUGAAAAGGGAACUCAGCUGAUUGUUACAGUGUAAUAAUAGUAAAUAGCCUUGGCCUUGAGAACCAUUGUUUACAUUUUGCUAACUGAAACGUAAUAAUAUUAAAAUAAUUGUAUAACUACAAAUUAAAUUCAAACAAAUAAAUAAUUUAAUCUAUUUCAGAAUUUUAUACUACUGGAACUUGAAUAAAACUAAUGUUAGGGCUAAUAAUAGUGCUAAGAAGUAUCACAGUAUGCGUGAGUUGAGUAUGAAUGAAAAAAGUAAACAAACCUUGGAUGCUAUUAUUAUGAUGAUAAUUUACAGAAUUCUCGGUAUCAGACACAUCUGAAGUGCUAUCUUCAUCAUAAAUAUUCUUCUAAGUAAGAAUAGUCGUCCAUUUCAAGCUUAUAAUCAGAAUCAGACUCCAUAGCAAUGUUUUAGAGUGUAGUAACAGCGAACCGGAAUUGUGGCAAAAUAUGAGUAAAUGGCGAAAAGGAAAAUUUAUGAAUGGACAAGUUGCUACCAGAUUUCUUCAAGAACUAGUAAAAUAAACGAUUUUUCUUUCUUGCCAAAUAGAAAUUUAACAUUCCAAAAUAGCAAAUCUUUAUUUUCGCCUUUUAAUAUUAUUUUUAUAUAUAUUUUAGUGGUCGUUCUUUUCACCCGCCAUAUAUGACCGAUUUUUCAAUCUCCCGUCUUUUGAGAGUUAAGGUAUCCCUGUUCUGAUAUAGUGCACAAUGGUUGGUUCCUAGUUACCUUUAGACUUGACAAAUCAUUGCCAACUUUAUAAUUUAUAACCUCAACAGAUUCUCUGAUCCCAAGACCAAAAAGACCUACGAAGGUCGUGCUGCAUUCCAGGUGUGGGUGAAGCCGGGCUCGUACAAGGUGAGCCCCCAGAUCGAUGAGGCGGAGGCCCAGGUAGAUCCACACUUCAAGAACUCUGAAAUCGACUGGGUGACCAAAGAGAGGGGCUCUACUCUGCUGUACGCUUUACUGCUCAGAGUUGAAUAAAGAGACGAGUACACUCAGCUAUCUGAUGACUGUUGGAAACUGCACUGCCACAUGACAAUGUUGAUGUUUAAGUUUGACGAGAAUUCCCUUGAGCUUAAGUUUGUUUUAAAAUUGUGCUUCGUUAGUAACUUUGACGUUUUUGUCGCUUGUUUUAAUUAUUUGGGUGACAUGUCAUUGGAGGUAAUGCAGGAGAAUAUUUAACACAGUAAGAACGGACAGUGGUUAAUUGUAGAAAAAUUAACCAACUACCUUGCUCUACUGCUCCACAAGUGUACAGGAAGGAAACACAGUAACAGUGAUUAUGGACUUAUUCCACACUAUUUGUUUAAUUUCCUUGAAGCUCAGAUAACAUUAUCAAUAUUGGUGAGAGAGAACUGGCUAAUGUGUUAAAUGUGUGCCAUUGAACUUGUCAACAUGUCCAGCUGAUCUGAGCUCCAAGUCUAUUUGGGUAACUUGUAGAAUAAGAAUUUGAGUGUUUGUUGUCCUACCCUUUGGAAGAUCACAUUGUUUGAAAGCCAAACGGGCAACUCCAGAAUGAGAUAUAAUUAUUUCCCCCUUAAAGUUUUCUUAUCCCAACGUCUGCAAUGUGAGAUCCUCACAUUUGUUAACUUGACAAAAAGGGCAGAUUUUUUUUUACCUGCCCUUUAAAUGAAAUUAUGAUCAUCAACUUCGUAUGAAACAAUCUAAGGUAAAUUCUCCAGGAAGGACUCCCACAAUCUCUGAAACAAUUACAUUUCUUAUUUUGUUUGCAAAAUAUUAUUCUUGACCCAGUUUAGGCAAUAGAAAUAAGCAUUUUCGUUUGUGGGGAAUAUGUUUAAAAAAACAUUGCUAAAGAAGAGUGAGCACAUGAAUGGUUUAUGGUAAGGAUUAGAAUAAAUAAUGAAAUUGAAACCUUGAGAAUAAAAGUAGUGAAUAUAAAUUUCUUUGGAUAAGGGAUAGGCAGAAUUCAAGUAAUGCCUGGUCUCAGUGGGAAAAGUUGUGUGUGGGGUGGGGGGUAGGGGGUGGUUGGUCCAUAUUUGUAACACUUGACAUGAAUACAAGCAACGGUUUUUAUAUUGGAAGUCAAUUAUAUUAUAUAUAAA